GAGAGACAAAAAAGUUGCAAAUGCGACCGCGCCGCCAUCACCUCUCAUUUGAUUUAUUUACGUUACGAAAGAAGAAAAAUCACAUUUUUUGCUCAUUGCAGGUUCUCUUAUCUGCUCUCCGCCGCUGUUGAUGAUGAUGACGACCACGCCCGGAAAACAUCGACCCCGCGACCCAGCCCAAAAGUCCAACACACAACACACACAAUCAAAACAAAUGGGAAAGUGUGUGUGUGUACGGUACCGCAGCAGUGUUCCAUCAUCAUCGGAAUUUUCCAUCACAAUUUGAUAUCCAUCGUUUAGCCGUUUAGCAGGAAGUUUUGGGUGGGGUUGGCGUCGGCGUCGUCGUUCUCCCUCCCAAAUAAAAAAACAUACAUGACCAGAGCCCGUAUGAAAUUUAUUUUCUGGGUUGUUUUCCCUAAUAAUAAAGAAAAACUGGUCGGCCAAGGGAUUAGACAUCCAGUGACCAUCGAGCGAUCCUGUCGGAUGAUUUUCUCCGUCGUAAAUUAUUAAAAAAAGAGACGAAAAGUCGAAAAAGGUCAAAGUGUGUUUUAUGUGCGGAAUUGAGAGAUGGCGACGGGCGGGGACGACACGGAGAUCGUCGAUCAAGAUGAAGAUCCACCAGUCGAGACGAAACGAGUAGGAGCAGCGGAAGACGACGAAAGCGGAUGGCUCGACAACGACGAUAAGGAUCAGCAGGGCGUUGGCCGACCAAGGAAACAAUCCAAACGCAAUGCGGCAGGUAUCUUGCGCAUCGACACUACGGCCGCUGCUUCUGCUGCCGGAUUCAACAGUCGCCGGAAGAGUUCAGCCAGUUCGGUCGGAGAUUUCCGCAGCGGCGCCACUUAUUUAAAUCCCCAGGCGGAUGAGAAAUCUCCAUUGCCGUCGGCCGAUCGUCUUUCCGUCAGUUUCAUCAUGGGAGAAAGGGCCGACGCAUCCAGCGUGGGUUCCGGCAGGAUGGAUUCGCCGCUCAGCGCCAUCCACCACCACCAUCUCUCCAAUAAUCAACCCCAGCACUAUUUAGACAUUGACGACGAAUAUGACGACGACGAGUACUCGAUUGCAGCGUCGAGUAUCCUGCAGCAGCAACAGCGUCGACGCUCCGGCCCUGGCGGAGGUGGGAGGUCGAGUUUGAAUCGACGGACCAGGUCCUUCCGUCGCGGUGGACGCAGACCUUCCUCGCCCUUUCCGGGCGACGAACUUUCAAUGGGCGGACGGAGACGAACGUCACGCGGGUUCUCGGUCGCCACCAUCAGUUCGGCCGAGAUUGGAAUGGACGAGACGGGCGGGGGCUUUUACGACCAGCAGCAACAACAGCGGGAAGUUGCCGAGUCGGCCGCCGCCGCCCUGGAACAUGUGGCGCUCCACAAGGAAGUGGUGCAGAACAUGCGCUACCAGCCGUGGGACAUGGGACGAAAGUUGCGGGUCCUCAGACGGGCCAAAAGCUUCGUCCGACAACACGAAGGCGCCCUCCAGCAGCGGCUGGCCGAAUCACGCACCGCCAAAGACGUCUUUGCCCGCGGACGCCUUCUACUCGCCAAAGCUAUCCAGCUGAGUGUGCGGGAAAUUCGAAAUUUGAUUUCGUUCCUGGUGCCGUGGGAGGCGCGAAUCAAAGAAAUCGAAUCUCUUUUCGGAUCAGCUGUCGCCUCCUAUUUCACUUUUCUCCGCUGGGUCUUUUGGAUCAAUCUCGUCCUGACGGCCUGUUUUGCCGUUUUCGUCGUCGUCCCAGAAGUAAUUUCAACUACAUUUGAUUCUAUAUUAUUUCAACUUUUAAACUGGGUUCAAACCAAUUUUGCAAAGGUAUUGGCGACGGAAUGGGACGUGAGCGGAGAGCGCAAAGGAUUAUUGCCGGAAGAGAAACGGACGGCCACGGACUUGCAGACCUUGUGGGACUUUGAGGGGAUCCUGAAAUAUUCGCCCAUCUUUUACGGUUUCUAUAGCAACGCUUACGAGACCAACGAGGGAUACAAACUGCCGUUCGCCUAUUUCUUCACCGGACUCGUCCUCUACAUGUACAGCUUCGUCGCCAUCCUCCGCAAAAUGGCCAAGAAUUCUCGGAUGGCCAAACUGUCGGACAAGGACGACGAGUGCACAUUCACUUGGAAAUUGUUCACCGGAUGGGAUUUCAUGAUCGGCCACCCGGAGACGGGCGAGAACCGCCGCUCGGCCAUCACGCUCGGCUUCAAAGAGGCUCUGCUGGAGGAGGCCGAAAAAGAGCGGGCCACCGAGAAAUUGACCCGCAACGUCAUCUGUCGCCGAUUGGCUGCCAACUUUCUGGUCCUGAUGCUCCUCUGCUCGUCCGCCUACAUCGUCGUUUUAGUUGUCGAGCGAUCCACCGAGCCGGAAGCCGAAUCCAAUUGGUGGAGGCAGAAUGAGAUCACCGUCAUCCUCUCCCUCAUCUCCAUCAUCUUUCCCAACAUUUUCGAGCUGAUUGGCAUCUUGGAAAAGUACCACCCGCGUAGACAACUGCGUUGGCAAUUGGCCAGGAUCAUGAUCCUGAAUUUGCUGAAUUUGUACACGUUGAUCUUUGCCCUUUUCGGCAAAGUCAACGCCAUGACGACGCGAUUGGCCGUCAUGAAGGCCAACAUCAGCCAGCAAGGACUCAACUUGGCCGAUUUGUUGCUGGACCAGACGUCGUCAUCGACCGUGAUGACGACGCCCAUUUUCAACGCCACUUGGGAAAGCAGCGCCUAUUACAACGUCACCGAUCCUAUUUUAUUCAUCCUCAACGCCACAGAGAGUCCCGGCCCGAUCCUACUGGACAAUUAUUCUUCCACGUCAACCCAACCGACAGUGGCGGAUGAAGAAGAAGAUGAUAUUGACCUGACUGGAACUUGUUUCCAAAUUAUGGUCGAUUGCUCCGCACUGGAGACGACGACCGAUCCUCCUCCCGUUACGACGACAACUGCCGGGCCGGCCAUUUCGGAAGAGGACGAACUCAUUUACGACGAAGAAGAUUACGAAACGGUGCCGGAACGAUUGAAACGGCAAUUGCUCCUGGACCAGACGACGGCCAAUCCUUUGAGAACUACUCCGCAGAGUAUCGGGCGAUUGCUGGACUCUCUCAAUUCGAUCCUGCGCAACCUCAAGCGCAACACGACCCUCCGCAUUCCGUUCACGACGCUGCCCUUUUCGACCUCAUCCAGCAGCACCGAAAGCGGCGGCCCAUCAACGACGACGAGUCCAGCAACUGCUGACCGGAUGAUGGAAUCGACAGCCAGCAGCACGCCGGAAUUGCUGGACGAUCUGAUCCGCUGGCACACUGCCGGAUUGAUUUUGACGACGGAAGAGGAGGACUAUGACGAGUUGGCCGACAAUUCCAGCAGCGCCAGCAUUUUUGAGGCUUUUAAUCAAACGAAUCCGGCGGAUGAUUUUAUCGUCAACCAAGACAACGAGACGACCACCACCACUCAAUUGCCGGAAGAGACGACAACCGUCCGGCUGACCAUGUGCCCAUUGGUCGUCUGCCCGUGGAACGACACGGUCGGAUAUUUCAGCAGUUUGACGACGACCAACUUGCCCAGCAGCAGCGACGGAGAUGAAUCCAACGGGACGACGUUGCCGUGCCGCGGAGACAAUCCGCAAGGAUGCACUCCGUUUUGGACGAGUUCCAGGGAUGAGACCAUCACGUCGUUCCACUCGUCCGUCGCCGCCAGCACCACCCCAGCAUCCAGCAACGAAGAAGAAAUGGCGGCGAUGAGUAAGAAAAUUCGACCCACAUUAGAUCCGGCCACCCGUUUAGAACUGCGCAAACUCUGCUGGGAGACCAUGUUCGGCCAGGAACUCGUCAAAUUAACCAUCAUGGAUUUGAUUUUCACGACGAUAUCGAUUUUGAUUAUUGACUUUAUCCGGGCCAUUUUCGUCCGGGUUUUCAACGGAUGUUGGUGCUGGGAUUUGGAGAAAUAUUUCCCACAAUACGGCGAAUUCAAAAUUGCUGAAAAUAUUUUGCAUCUCGUUAAUAAUCAGGGCAUGGUUUGGAUGGGCAUGUUUUUCUCGCCGGGAUUGCCGGCCAUCAACAUUUUCAAGUUGUUCCUGUUGCUCUACAUCCGCUCGUGGGCGGUGCUCACAUGCAACGUGCCGCACGAGGUGAUUUUCAAAGCUUCCCGCUCCAACAACUUUUACCUGUGGCUCCUGCUGAUUAUGCUGUUCCUGUGCACGCUGCCGGUGGCGUACGCCAUCGUGUGGCUGGAGCCGUCGUGGCACUGCGGCCCCUUCAGCGAAUACUCGCGCAUCUUUCACGUCAUGACGCAGAGUUUGCUGAAAGCCACGCCCGACAGUCUCCACUGGGUCCUCAGUUACGUGGCCUCGCCCGGCGUCGUCAUUCCGCUCCUCGUUCUCCUCAUUCUCGUCAUUUAUUAUUUGGUGUCGCUCAGCUCGUCGCUGAGGGAGGCCGUCACCGAUUUGCGGACGCAACUCAGACGCGAACGCGACGCCGAGCGGCUGAAAACGCGCCAGAAAAAGGAGGCCGAAUCGGUGGCCGCUGUUCCCGACGCUGCGGCCAGCGCCAAAGUCAUCGCCCAAUGGCGCAAAGCUGUUCCGUUCGCACCGACCAAAUCGCAGACGAUCCUUCCUCAAACGCUGGCCAAAGAAGCCGUCGACAAACGCGGAGGAGGAGGGAUGAAAGAUGGGCUGCUGCUGCAUCAACGCGCAGGAGCGUCGGCAGGAGCCCAGCCGAGAACUGCUCCUGUUGGGAUGACGACGGGACGUCAAGUUGGCCUCAGACGUGGCCAGCAACUGCCACCAGUCAAAGGAUCACGAGGAAUCACCGCUGCUGCUCCCACGACUGAAUUUGACGGUGCCAGCGAUUUGGAUAUUAGCGACUCGUUGCCGCACGACAGUCCCGUCUUGAACGGCCGCGCUGCUGGUCAUCAUCAACCGCCCUUGCCAGCAGCAGCAGUGCCGGCCAGUCCGCCUCACCACCAGCCAGUCUAUGCCUCCGUGGUCAAGAAGAAGAAGAAACCGAACAACAACAUCAACAGUCCGCCGAGAGUAGACCAGCAAGUAGCCAGUCAUCAGCCGGACCAGCAGGAGCCGCCCAACAAGAUGACGGACGCUCCUAGAUCGCCGGCCAAAAUCCCACUGAUCCGCAUCAGCCAGACGGAGAGCGUGGAGAGAGCCGAAAGGAACCCGCCCACUCCCAUGACAGAUCCGCCAUCGCUGGAGGACGGGACGACGACGGGACUGGUUGCCACGUCGCCCACCAAAAUUCAGCACGGCGGCGGGGCUCUCAAUUUGAUUCUGCAACGGGCAAAGGAGAGACGGGCGCUGGCCAUCAAACAGCAGCCCAUCACUGUCAGCGAGUCGACGGCCGAUUUGGUGCUGAACAUGGAAGAAACGGCCCGCCGAGCCGACACUCCCGAUCACGAAAAGAUGGAUGAAACUUUGGAUUCCAUUUCGGACGAAACGCCCACCGUCACGGAAAAUCAACAAUAAAAAACCAACACACAACCAGAUAACAACAAAUAUAUCACGUGAAAACAAGGAAGAAGAGAAAAAAUGGGCGGCCGUGUGUAUCGACAAGGGAACUCUCGAUCGAUAACUCACGGCGACAUCCGGAACGCGCAACACAACCCCCCCAAAAAAUUGGA